AAAACUUAAUGAGCGCCCAAACUAUGUGAUGAUGUAACAGAUUGCAAAAAUCAAGUCGGAGCAAAGUAAGAAUUUGAUGGAAGCCGUGAUGCCGGAGAAAGUGGGGAAAGUCCUGUUAAUAAUAACUGUUUUCUUGAGUCUGUGCAUGUCUGGGGGUGCGAAACAGUGCAUCGAUUCCAAAGUUGGGAGUCCCUGCUUGACCAAUGAGGACUGCUUUUACUAUGAGGAAUUCCACUUAUACUGCAAUAAAACGAGAGGAGUCAAUAUUUGCGGGUUUCAAGUGGAGAGUUACGCCGGUCAGGCGGAAGUUGACAGGGACUGUCCCGGUGAAGAAUUUAGUGCCGAAGCUUGGUCCAACCCUGUCGGGGAUGACGUGAUGCUGGACAACUCGACGGGGAUCGACUGUCUGCGGUGGUGCUAUUUCACAGAGACGUGUUUCGCCGUCGUGGUUCGAGAUCAUAAAUGUUAUCUUAGGAAUGACAAGUGCUUCUCGAACUUGAGAGAUGCUCCCGGGGCUGUUUUAGGAGUUAUGAGCGUAUUGAGGGAAGACUAUCAUUGUGGGUGUCACUACCCCUUCACGAGGAAGCGGUCAAAUGGGCAUCGCCUCUCCUGGACGCCGGAUUGUCCCGAGAGCCAGUUGGAUCGAAACCCUUAUCGGUGCUGUUCACCCAAAGGGCUUUGUGUUAAAUGUGUGGAUGGAAACACGCCUCCUCCACCGGUACCGAGGAACGAUUUGCAUUUGAAACAACUUCCUUAACGUCAAGGAUAUUUAUCAAGAUGUGUGCACAACUUAUGUACAUAUGUACGUAUCAAGAGGUAAACUGAUCACGGGUAGAGAACUGUCUGUGCAGCAACAGGACUAUUACCAAUGCCGAUAGUGUAGAUAUAGCUUAACAGCUUAACCAUAUGUAAAUAACUUUAUCAAGUUUUAUUCAGACACGUGUGACGUAUUUCUUCAGUAGUGGGUUUGAUGUAUGUACAUUCAUAUGUAGAAUUAUUAGUGCUAUCUGCAUGUUGCUUUCAGAAUC